AACUUUUUGCUCCAUGUUACGUCAUUGGGUGGCUCAAAGAUGGCCGAGUCGGAGGAGGAGGUGGACGUCUUGGUCCAGAGAGUUGUCAAAGACAUCACCAACGCCUUCAAGAGAAACCCCAACAUUGACGAAAUCGGCGUGAUCCCGUGUCCGGAGGCCCGCUACAACCGCAGUCCCAUCGUGUUGGUGGAGAACAAGCUGGGCGUGGAGAGCUGGUGUGUCAAGUUCCUCCUGCCGUCCGUUCACAACAAGCUGCUGCUCUACCGCCAGCGCAAGCACUGGCUGGACAGGGAAGCGUUAGCGGAUAUCACCUGCACCCUGCUGCUGCUGAACCCGGACUUCACCACCGCAUGGAAUGUCAGGAAGGAGCUGCUGCAGUGCGGAGCGCUGAGCCCAGAGAAGGACCUCUACCUGGGCAAACUGGCCCUCACCAAAUUCCCCAAGAGCCCAGAGACGUGGAUACACCGACGCUGGGUGCUGCAGCAGAUCCUGCUUCAGUCCUCAGGCCGCAGCCAGAAGGAUCCGCAGAGCGAAGAGGAGCGAGCCGAUGGCGAGCAGAGCCGGCGGCUCAACGACCAGCUGGCCAGGACGCUCCAUCAGGAGAUGAAGGUGUGCUCCGACGCCGCCUGCCGCUACCCCAGCAACUACAACGCCUGGUCCCACCGCAUCUGGGUGCUGCAGCACAUGGCCACGGGCAACGUCAAGGUGUUCCACGAUGAGCUGUCCUCCACGCGCCUCUGGGUGUCCAUGCACGUGUCGGACCACAGCGGCUUCCACUACCGUCAGUACCUCCUCAAGGAGCUGAUCGCCGAGCUCUCUCAGGCUGCAGCUUCCACCACCACCACCACCACCUCCACCGGUGUACUCCAGCACAUGUGCAGCACAGUCGCCGGCAUCAGUCCCCCGCACCACGACCAAGCUAACGGGGAGGAGGCGGGUGAGGACGGCAGGCAGCUCAGCUCCACCGCGCUCCUUCAGCUCUUCCACCAGGAGGUGGAGCUGUGCACUGACCUCAUCCAGUCCUUCCCCGGCCACGAGACGCUUUGGAGCCACAGGCGGCACGUCUACUACCUGUGGCACGACUGGAGGAGGGAACACAAACAUCAGUGCCACCGUGGCAGCAACGGAGGCAGCGAGCCGGACCGUCUGGAGAACGGCGACGAGGGGCCGCUGAAGGCCUGCGCGCAAAGCCCUGCGGGCUUGGGGGAGGACGGUGUGAAUGGACCGAGACAUGCCGGCGAAGCUAUGGAGGUGGACGGGGCGUCCCUGCCGGACCCCCGCAACAGCAAGCGACUGAAGCGGGGCGCCCUGCCCCCUGGCGCUCCCGCCCUGCCCUCCGAGCACGGCUUCGUGAGCGGGAUCCUAGACAGCGACUGUGACCCCGAGCAGAGACGUUUCGCCCUGGCGUACAGGAAGUGGUUGGACACUGUCAUCGUUCAACAUCCUUGAGCGGUAGAGAGACAGGUAGUCCCCGUCUGUCUUUCUAACCUGUAAGUUGCCUUUAGACGCCGAUUUAGGAUGAGCUUACCUACCUGUAGCGCUUAUAACUCCUCAUGCUUCGGCUGCGGUGCUGACUUCAGAAAGCGGCCAGCGGGGCGCCGCGGGUCCUGUCCCCGUUCUCCUGACAGUGGGCAAAGAGGACGGGGUCCUGGAGAACAAAGACGUCGUUCGGCGACAAAAACAUCUGGAGCUUUACCUGAGCCAGUGCCCCCUUCAGAAUGGAAACAAACGGACCCUAAAGGCAAAAGGCUCCGAUUCGCUUCUCAUUGAGGAGGCUCAAUGCCUCAGGUCAACUCGCCACUGCAUUUUCUUGUCUUUGUAAUAUCUGUUCUAAUAUCUCAGCAGAGAAUCCAGAUACGGCUGCCAUAGGAGGAGGCGUGUUGACUUUGUGGAGGAGAAUUUAUGCCCAAAAAUACAGUUUCUAAAAACCCCAACAGAAGCGAUGACAUAAAAAUGUAAAGGGCAUUUCAGCUAGUGAAGGAAAAAUGGAUUCCAAAUUGUUAAUAUGAAAGUGAUCAGGUAUAGUUUCACAGUAAUGGGGCAAUUUGAAAUAAUCUACAUUCUAUUUUUUUUAGUCCCACAUUAUUUUCUUGUGUUUUAUUGGCCCUUUGGAGUUAAUAGCAAAUAUUAUAAAUAAGUAAACCUUGAUCAAUAUUUGGGGCCAUGAGCUGCACUCUCAAACUUGAGAUGUCAUCAAGUAUAAAGUCUGGACAAUGAAUGGGAGACUGAUUUGCUUUUUUUUUUUUUUUCAUUAAUUUAUUUACCCUAGUGACUGUAAUUCCAGCUGCUUCUCAACCACUUGGUGGAUUCUAUUAAAAAUAUAAUUCAUUUUGGCAAUAUAAAAUGUUAUUUUCAUAUCUAAAUGUGCUGAAGAAUUCCCAUUCAUAGAAAACGGCAAAAAUCAAAUGUAAUUACCAAGAGAGACCAACUCUGAAGACCAAAAACUCCAGUUUGUCGUGAUGAAUCUGUACUCAUACCGGCAGGCAAUGAAGGGUGAACGGAAUAUUUAAUAUUGUCAUUACAGCUGACAGACCUAUUUACAGCCCAGUUGUAACUUUCUUUUUUAAUCAUUUAUUUUGGAAUCUGGGCCUUUUGGAUUGUUAUGGAAGCGUUGAGUAACAUAAGGUUGAGAAGCCCUGUUUGUGGAACAGACCAUGUACCCGAAUACUAAAUAUUCCCGUCUUUCCCAACUCAUUGUCUUUAGCUUGAUAGUUCCAGGUUUUACCCUUGAUGACAUCACAUCAUUUGAUUCAUUCAUAUUUCUGUGACUUUCUUAAACGACAGGAAAAACAAGUAUGAAUGAGAAAUAAUGAAAACGGGCGUACUUCUUUUUAAAUCACUGGAUCUGACAAUAUAAUAUUCACACUCAACUGUUUUUAAAAAUGCUUUAACAUGUACUCCCUUAGUGCAGUGGCAGGUUUUUAAGCACCACUAUAGUUCUUUACAUUUCCAUUCUGAAGGCGGGGACCUCUUUGUCAGGGGUCUCUGCUCCUGGUUCAAGUCUUCACUGGUUAAUGCUGUCAGCAAGUCCCAACUAUGUAGCUAAGUUACAGUUGCUUGCAACAGAAAACCAAAAAGCUCGCCCUCAUUUAAGGAACAAGUUGCGUCCGGCGCGAAGAAAGUCUUGGCUGGCCCCGCGAGUCUUCACCUUCUGCCGACCCCAAGCACCAAAUCUACAAGCGGGGGAGCGGUUUCAGCGGCACUGACAUUCAACCUCGGACGACCGCGUCUCCCCAACAUUCGCUGGUGCUAUAUGCUGCCAUGUCACACAACUCAGCAGCACUUUGGACUAUUUCAUUUAUAGGCAAUGUUCUGUGGGGUACACUUCUUUUUGUUUUUUCAAUGUCUGUUACUUUGCACCGGGCUGGCUAACGGUCGACCCGGCGGCUGGCUAACGGUCGACCCGGCGGCUGGCUAACGGUCGACCCGGCGGCUGGCUAACGGUCGACCCGGCGGCUGGCUAACGGUCGACCCGGCGGCUGGCUAACGGUCGACGGUCUUUCCUUGUUUUUUGGAGAGUUUGGGAGAUAAUUUAUGGCACGCACUUAAAGGUGCAUCUGCACAGUCUCUUCAAAAGAGAACCGAAGUCCUUUCCCUUCCUAGUCCCCACCUUAUUUCCGAGAAGAAAUACUGACAGUGGUCAACAGUGGGGUUUUUUUUUUUAAUUGUGCCAUGUUCACUGGUGGUGUUUGACAAUUUUAAGGACAAUUUUUGCUUGUCAAGAAAGUUCCCAGUUUGUUGUGGUACGGUUUAGUUUUGUGUGAAACCUUACCGUCACCAAUUAAUUGAUAAUUAUUCUGUAUGGCCCAAAAUUACAAAUCUUUCCUCAGGGCGCUUUACAGUCUGUACGUGUUCAACAUCCGCUGUCCCAAAACCCUCACAUCAGGCACUCCCCGAAAACAUGAAAAACACUGAUUGGGUAGAAAUAAAGGGACAACCUUAGGAUGAACGGCAGAGGAGGAUCCCUCUCCCGGGAUGGACUGAUUGCAAUGGAUGUCAUUGGUACAGAAUGAACACUGUAAAAGAUACAUUCAAUUCCUUCGACAGAAAUGAAUAAUAUAUAUAUGAUCACACACACCAGUAGCUAACUAACUUAACUACGUUACGUGCUUAAAUGUGACCUGAUACGUUUUGUUGAGCAAGUCCCGCUGGUCUAAGUACACGUGCACGGUAGCUUCAGGAGACGUCACUCGAGCGACCAAUGGUUGUGUGGUGUCUCCAAUAACCGUUUUAGUUUUGGACAGGGUCCUUUUGAAUUGUUAAGGAAGUGUUAAGUAACAAAAGGUCAAACCACAUCAACAGUUUGUACGAUAAACUGUCUUGACGUUCAAGUCGUCCUUUUAAUUGUUUACGGUAUGUAAUUCAUGGCACAAUCCUAACACAGUGUGUUGUCUUUUUGAGAUUAAAUGGUGGGCCACCAAAAGAAGGCGGCUCUUUGCCUGUAAAGGAAAGCUUCAAAUAUAUCGUCUCAUCUCAGUUGAUGAGGGAAGAUGUUUUUUUUUUUUUUGAUGUUUUUUUCCUGAAUUCAAGAAAAAAAAUUGACCCGUUUUUGGCUUUUUCGGUGCGACACAAUAUUCACUGUGACACACACCACGUGGUCACAUCCGUCGUUCCCUCGAUGCAGUUUGGAGUGCCGUAACAUCCGUAUGUAGAGGUACGGUCGGAUCGCUCACACCGGCUCGGUCCUGAGGACGAAAUGGCACAUUUUGAGGGGAACCAAACCAAAUUGUUUUCGUGGCCACUGUGCACAGGUUGGCUAGCCAAAACAAGCCCGUCCCACUGUCUCCAUGUGCUUCCAUGUAACCCGUGCCACGCUGUACUUAGAGUUACAAAGUAAGACGCUGUAUCACCUCAAAAUCACUGUGUACAUGAGCAUAGAUAAUCUUGAAACUAGUAUUUUUGAGCCAUGUAGUCUUUAAGUUUGUUCAUUGACAACGGGUGCAUAUCCGAACUGUAUGGCGUAUUUUAUCAACCGUACAGACCUAGAACACAAACUUUGAAUACAAGACUAUCUAUGCAGAAAUAUAUUUUUUAAAGGUUUAACAAGCUUUUAAAAAAAGAAUGUUGCUAUUGUUUAUUUUUUUUCUAAUUUAUUCUUGAGUGUUUUCAGGGGAGGGUACGUCCUUCCUGAAUAAUCCCUAGCAUCUCACAUUUUCUAUUUAUUUAUAGAGGUAAAGUCUUAUCUUCACUUUCAAUGUUUUGUCAUCUGCCUACCAAGAGAAUAAAGCUCAUCUGGGAUAAAG